AUGGAUAAAUUUGAUUUAACAGUCGCCUUGAAUUUAAUUACUGAUAUGAAAAAAGAACUUUUGCCGAAAAAAUUCUCUACGGCCACCCAAUCACGGUUACUGAACUUCAAGCAGAACGAGCUGACCAUUGGGGAAUACGGAUAUGUUAUAAUCGCCGUGGUUAAUAAUAGGGAUCGUACAGUGCCCAAAUACAGCGUGACGGUGGAGUGGGCAGAGGUCAACAAUAACAAAACAAUGUGA